GCUUACUCCUUCUGGAACCACCAGUGGCAAUCGACCACACAUGGAGACUCUCUCGAUUCCCGCCUCCGCGUGGUUCUCCGGCGGCGCCAUUCCUCCUCCUCACGCGAGGCUUUCUCCGACGUACCUCCUCCGGAAACUACCGAGCAGGACUUCCAGACGCUUGGCCGCCUUAAAUGCAGCUUCUCGCUCUGUGAGUGAGCUUGUGGAGGAGGAGGAUGUGAUGCAAAUGUUCUUGAAAGACAGAGAAGAAAAUGGAGAUUUCAUUUCCAAAGUCUCUGAUAGGCUUUGGUUAAGGGAAGUUCUUGAAUCUAUUGAUCUUAACUCUAAUGGUGCUUCUUCAGCUAUUGGACUAGAGUAUAAUCAGGAGAGGUUUGUGGAUGGUGCAGAUGAUGAUGAUGAUGAUGAUGAAAGCGGUUUCUUGAAACUUAAACCGACCCAAGAAUGGAUUGCUGGGGAAAGUGAGGCCGCCCCCAUGAAUAGGAAAGCUCUAGCUAAGGCAUUACGGGAUGAUAGCGAGCGUAGGAAGAAACUGAACUUUCUGAAAUAUGAAGCUCUGAAGCGUGAACUGAUGUACCUCUCAAUUGUUAUUGGAACCGGGUGCAGCGGAUAUUGCUUAUUAGCUUUAUCACCCCAGGCUGCAGUCAGUUAUGGAGUUGGAGUUCUUUUCAGUUGCUUGUACCUUCAGCUUUUGUACGGAUAUGCGGAUGGUGUUUCACGGGAAGAUGUUCCUAAUAUUUUCCUGAAAAAGAAGACUAAAAAAAUCGGAAUUAGAAGUGAAGACCUUGAAGACUUUGUCAAGAGAACAAUCAGGGGCAGUGGCAUGGCACUCUCUUCCCCACGUCUAGUGAUCCCAGCUGCAAUCUAUGCUCUGUGGAUUCUCUCACACAAGUACUUCCAGAAUGACUUGUUCGACUUCCAGAUAGUUCCAGCCAUGGUUGGUUUGUUUGUAUACAAAGCUGCAGCUCUGGUUCAAGUGUACAGAGACAACCAAGAUCUUCAGUUCAUCUUCCCAGACGAUCUUUGA